CUUUGCUCGUAAGCAACUGAACACAUCUUUGAGAUCGGAUUCCACACAGAAUAAUUUCUGUAAGUCUGUGAGGGGCUGCGACGCCGACAUUUUCCCGCUACCCGGCGGCGUGCAAUGGGAAAAGUAGCAGCGUUACCAAAAAUUCUUCUUACUUCUCUAUGCCAACUCUAAUCUUUAAAGCCUUCGAAGUGAUGCCGCUACUGUCUCGCUCUCUACAAUUUAUCGGGACAGCCACAUCCAACGGAACCUUCAAAGCUGCCAUGUCUUCUUCCAGCUUUAAUGCAAGGGGCCGAAAUCACUGGCGCCGUGGAUUCUGCGACCGAGCACCGGCACGAGGCUACGAAGGAUUGAUCAAAGUUGAAGCCUUCGUGAGCGGUGAUUCGCAUGUCAGUGACGUGAGGGCUGCCAACUACGGGCAUCGCCAAGGCUACCCGCAGCAGCAGUUCUGGCCUUGGAAGCCAUCACCGCCACCUUUUCGGGCGGGGCCACCCCCAAAGUCUGCCGAUCACAGAAAUUGGAUUUUUGCUGCUUCACAGCCAACUCCGGACCAAGAGAGGUUCAAAGUCUUAUCAUACAAUAUUCUUGCGGAUUAUCUUGCCUUAAACCAUCAAUCCGAUCUGUACUCUCACAUACCUAGUCACAUAUUGGCUUGGGAGUGGCGGAAAAGAAGGCUCUUUAUAGAGUUUGGACUAUGGUCUCCUGAUAUUAUGUGCCUUCAGGAGGUUGAUCAAUUCUGUGACUUGGAAGGGGAGCUGGCUAUUCGUGGAUAUGCUGGCAUCUGGAAGAUGCGCACUGGAAAUGCGGUUGAUGGCUGUGCAAUUUUUUGGCGAACAAAUAGAUUUCAGCUGAGGCAUGAAGAGCAUAUUGAAUUUAGUAAGCUUGGACUAAGGGAUAAUGUUGCCCAAAUUUGCGUUUUGGAAUCAGAGAUGCGUUGCUUGGCUGAAAAUGCUGCUUUUCCUGCAAGGUACUAUUAUAUUUUCUCAAAUAGAAAAAAUUCCAAAAUAGUCCCCAGACUAUUCGUGUAUAACUAAUUUAGUCCCAAAGUAUCACAUUACUCCAAUUUAGCUCAUGACUAUAUAAAAUUGAUCCAAAAUAGUCACUCAUAUUAUAAUUGUGAUAUGAAAUUUAUCCCAAUUUAUUCCCUCAACUUCAUAAAAUUGAUCCCAAUUUAGUUCCGUAGGGACAAUUUUCGAUCAAUUUUGUAUAGUCAAGGGGCUAAAUUGGAGCAACGCUAUACUCUGGGGCUAAAUUGACUAUAUAUGAAUAGUUUGAUAAUUAUUUUGCAAUUUAAACCUUUUAUCACGUUAUCUUUCUUUGCAGUCUAAAGUAGGUUUAAUUAGUUCCUUUGAUAUAAAAUAGGUGUUUAAUACUAGGAAUGGUGAUGCAGCACAAUUUUUUUUCUUUUGUCAUACAUGACAAUAUUGGAAAAGCAUAAAUUAAAUUGUAAAAGUUCAUUGACCUAUAUAUGCUAGAGCAUAAAACAAAUGAAAAUAAACCUAAUCAUUAAUUGAUAUAGGUAAAAGAAAUGGUCAAUACACCUAAUGUGAUGUGUAACACACGUUGACUUGUAAUCACAAAAAUUGGCUCUAAGAAUUUUUAAUAAUCAAAUUGAUGCAUGACUAAAAUGCUUUAAAUGAAUGCGUUAAGAACUUGCACGAUUUUGAAAAGAACAAGAACAAUUAAGACUAUUAGCUAUUCAGAACAAAAAGAGAAAACGUAAGAGCGGUCACUUCGUUUAGGCCAAGUUACAUAAUAAGCACUUGAAUUAUCAAAAUAAUAACGAAAUUCAACAACAUGCGAAUGAAGUAGCUUUCAACAAAACCCCUCAUCUAACAAUAAGAUAGUAACAUAGGAAGCACACUCAAUCCUACGUUUACUAAGCUUAGGCAAAAGACGAAGCAUGGUUCCUUGUGACUGGAUCACCACCUACAAGAUGAGCGGAUUAGGGAAAGUAAAUGAAAAGGGGAAGAAGUUCACCCUUGGGAAGGUUCGGAGAUGAUUUUCCACUGGGCGCCGACAAGUUGCUUGUUGAUGGCCUUCGAUAGCAUGAAAAUAAUGCGGUCCAUGUACUCUUCGAUAGAACGAUCCACUUCCGGGUUGAAAUCGAAGGUGGAGUGGAGGAUGUUAACAUAUCCUUGCUCGUCGUAAGCAAAUCCAUAGUCAAGUUCCGGGUCGGCCAUUCAUUUGGCUUUGGGAGGAGGAUAUGUAGUCGACGAUCAAUGUCAAUCCCUUGAAGCUCCACUAGAGAGAAAGAAGUUUCUCUCAAAAUUGAAGUAGAGAGGAGGGGAUGGCCGACCAAGGAAGGAGGGAGGGAAUUCUAAUUUGGUUCAGAUUUUGGUGGAGGGAAAGUGUUCAAACAAUCUCCAAUUAAUCCCCUUGAUUAAAAUAAUCAAGGAAGAGGAGAGAGUGGGGCCGACGACGGCAAGGGAGAGGGGAGGGCUUUAGUUUAAUUCCAAAAGGAGAGAUUCUCCUUUGGAAAUAAAUUAAAUAGGUGGGGCUUAGGGGAUUUUGGCCAAAGGAGGUGGAGGGGGAAUUAGGAAUUGUUCCCAAGAGGGGUUUAGGGGAUUUAGGAAAUAAAUCCCAUGGGAUUUAAUGAGGGGGGCCGGCGGAUUUAAAGGCUAGGAGAGGAUUGUGGGGUUGCUUAAUUUGGGAUUAGGAAAGAUAUAAUUAAAUCUCAAUUAAUUUGAAAUUCAAAUAGUAUUUAAUUUAGUUACUUUCUUAAAAUAGAUUUGCUAAAUUAGGAAAGAAUUUUCAAAUUCAAAUUAUUUUGAAAUUUAACAAUGAGUUUUCCUAAAUUAAGAGUGGCCCCUUAUGGAAGGUAAUCAAGAGGGAUUUGAAUUGUGGAGGGAAGAUGGGAGAGGUGGGGGGCCGGCGACUAGGGUGAAAGCUUAUGGGGAUUUCGGUGGAGGGAUGGUGGUGUGGUGAGGCCAGCGGGUAGGUGGGGGGGGGGAUUUGGUGGCCAGCGGCUUAGGGAUUGGGCGAGACCUUAGGCUAGUGGCUAGAUGAUGAAGGGGAAAAGGAAAACUCGAUAAAGAAGAAGAACCACGAUCCUGGCCGUCUCCAAGGUUGGUGGAUGAUCCAAAUUCUCUCUCCAAGGGACCUCGCUCCAAACUCUAUCAUUCUCUAAUAAGAACUCAAAUAUGGGGGUAAAUUUUUAUCAUUCAAUCAUUAACAUGAAAAGAGAACAAGAGGGCUAUAUAUUGCCUCGUAUAAAUGACUCAAGAAAAUAAAAAGACGACGAUGCCCUCUUGGCUUAUAUACGAUCUCCCUUAAGUAAGGGGUAAAAGCGGAAACACUAAUAAAACAAAUACAACAUAAAAUAAUAAAGAAAAUACAUAAUACGACUUAGAAGUACAUCGACUCAAUCGUGGCCGUAGAUCGAUGACCAUGUUUCUGAUAGAUUUUCCAAGUUCUGAUGUCCCCAUCACACAUUCACAAAUUCCUAUUAACAACCACCCUUUAUCAUACUAUGUUGGGUUGACUAUAUGAAUCCUUUUUCUCCACUAUUUCCAAUUAAGAGUCAAAUUCUCACUUAAAUCUAAAAAAUUAUCAUUUUUAAUCCUUUUUAACCAAAUAUUUUUAGAUCUAUCUCUGCCUUUCUUAACAUAGUACCGAUCUAAUAAAUCUACUAUUCUAACAAGAUCAUCAAAAAAACUGACAUUUUAUGUGACCAAACCAUCUAAGAAGACUCUAAUUUCAUAUGCUACUAGAACUACUCCCAACUUUUUCAAUUUAUGCCCAAUCAUAGCAUAGCCAGUCAAUAGCACAAGUUAAUAUUUCUAGACUAUCUUAAGUUUUAUUAGGAUUUCUAGAUUUAUUAUGAUGAAUUAUACUUUUGGAUACUUUUAUGUUUAAAAUUGAAUUAUGUAGUUUUAGAUUUUAUUUUGGACUGGAUUUGAUUUGAUUUGAUUUUGUCUUUGUAAGUUUAUUAUCUUAAAUAUGGAUUUAUGAGUUGUAUUUUGCUUAUUGAUUAAAUGAAUCGACACUUAGAGCUCACUCUCAUAUUCUUUUUGCUUUCUCUUUUGUCUUAUAGCUAGUUUACCUUGGAUUCUUUAUUCUUCUUUCGUUGUAGUAGCUUUGCAUCAUUUUUGUAUUAUAGCUGAACAUCCUAUCUGCCUCUUGCGCUUGAUUCACUCAUUAGCGUCAAUAUCACAAAUUAUUUGCACCUAUGCAUGCUCACUCUCCUAGCUGCGCCUGGUCACACUUCUGAUUGUGCCCACUCGUGCUAUCCUGAUCUUACCAAAUAACAAUCUAUGCUCAUUUUGAUUCCUUCUCCAACACCCAAUGAAGACUGCUGACCCUCUAUGACCUUGAUUUUGAAUCACUCAUAACUAAAACACCCCAAGUAUGCUUCCUUCUCUUUGCCCAAUUUUCCUAGUUGACUUUCGAAUCAUACUCGAUUCUAUUGAUUUUCAGUCAUAGGUAGGACCUUCAGUCAUAGGUAGGACCUUUUCCUAUUUCCGAUGAUGCAAGUGGGCUAUGCACAAGAAGUCCCUUGGCAUGACGUGGCUUGCAAUUAAUUUAGAUCAUCAUGGGCCACAUUAUCAUUCAUUAAAAUUUCUCUCUUGGAAUAGCAAGAAAACUACUCGUGUAAUCAACUACUACAAUUAAAUCACAAAGUUAAUAAUAUAUAUAACAUCAACUGAACUAUUUCCAAUAAAAUGAAGGCAUAACCAUAACAACACAACAUUAACCAUUAUAUUGUCAAAUUGUCAAAAAAAAAAAAAAAAAAAAA